CUAGACCAAUCUAGUCUAGACUCAAUCGAUUCUUAUACGAACACGUCAGUGAGGUUACUUUGAGCUGUUCGAAGUGCACGCGGAAAAUCUCUCCUCGCGAGAACAACUUUGGUAGACCGUGGGAGCGCGACAGGGACGAAUAAGUAAACGAUUGCACGCGGAGUAACGUGAUGACAGAUUUGUUCAACAUCACGAACCUGAUCACGACCGUCGGCGUCGACGGCGUGAAGAUCAAGCAGGAGCCCGGAGUGCCGGAGAAGUCGUCCAACGAGAUCCUGACGGAGCUCUUCAGCACCUUCGACACGCCGGACGACGGCGUCGCGUCGCCGGUGAACAGCGACCAGCAGGUACCGAAUGGCAACGUCGACGAGACCGCCAAGCCGGACAAGCCUCAAGCGAAGAAGAAGAAGAAGAAACACAAGCACAAGGAGAAGAAGCACAAGAAGAAGUCGAAGCACGAUUCCUCGGAUCACGAUAGCGGCGCAGAAAGUGCCAAGAAGAAGAAGAAACACAAGAAGAAAUCCAAGCGGAGACGCGAAUCUGUAUCCAGCAGAUCGUCCGACGUGGGUCCGACUAAGGCUAAGAUAGCAAAGACGGAUGAUCUCGGAGGCGUCGAGCACGACAAUGACUCAAAGUCUCAUCUUGACGCAUCAGAGAAGACCGGUGCGAAUGACGAGGCGAAAGCGGAUGGUCAGUGCGUGAAAAAAGAUUCUGGCACAACGGACGAUCGCUUGGAUAAUCCUAGCAGUCCACCAUUACCGCCUAUAUCGAGGAAGGUUGACGACGAAGCCGACGAGCCAAUAAUACCUAAACUUCUUGAAAAACCUAAGCAGCCUUCUCAAGGAAAGAUAUUGAUAAAGGAUCUCAAGAAUAGUACCGUUUAUAACGAUACGGUGAAAGCGAUAGAAAAUAACCAAAAGGCAAAAGCCGCGAGAAUGGAAGAUGGCGAGUUGUCCGACAGCAGCAGCAAUGACAAUAGAACACCUACGCUGAGUCCUACUCCGCCUCGGAACCGGUCGUCGUCGUUCAGUCCAAGUAGAGAUAGAAUAAGAAGCAAAAUGUUUAGUCCGACAAGAGGAUCGGUCACUUCGAAAUCCGAUCUUAGACUAGUCUUGAAAGAGAAGGAGAGGAAAAGAGGCACGAGAGACAAGGACACUCACUCGCAAGACAGAAGGUCAAGGUCGCGGACGCGAUACAGCUCGCAUAACAGUAAAAGCGACAAGAGAGAAAAACAGAGAAGCAGGAGUAGGGAAAGGCACGACAAGGAUAGAAGCAGCGAAAGACGAGACUCUGGCAGAAGCAGAGAAAGCUACAGAUAUAGAAGCCACAGUGAAAAACGAGGUCGAAGUGCAAGCAGGGAGAGAAAGGAGAGAAUAGAAAUUAACAAAAAGAAGCUCUUAGAAAUUGCAAGGAGAAAUGUCAUAAGCAUGAUAAAACAAGGAACUCUGUCAGUAGUUCAGAAAGAUAAAGCUAUUGCUGCUAUACAGUCUGGUGGGAAAACAGUGGACGAACUCACAGAUUUUUGUAAGUCAUUAUCCAAGUCUGAAGCUUUAGGUGAAUUAUCUAGCAUUUCUUCCGAAGAUGAAGAAAGUGAGUCUGAGAAGGGAUUUCAUCAUCCUUUCCUUUUAAAAGAAAGGCCUAGUUCUAUUAUAAUGAACAUUAAGGAUGCAAAACAGCUGCCAACAAAAACGUUCCAGGAAAAGACAGCAGAAACGUCGAAUCAGUUGCGAUUGCAGUUUCCUGUUUCCAGUGGGCAACAUCACAGAAAAAGCGAAAACGAAUGGGUGCCUGUUACACCAAAGAAACCGGAACCAAAAAAGAUAUUUGUACCAGCUUCUAUAAAUUUACAAAUGACUCCACCAGCGGUUAUAAUGCCUCCACCUCCUGUGCAACCUACACAAACUGUUUUCCCGACGACGACGAAGCCUAUGGAUAUUGGCUCCAUAGUGUCUAAAAGAUUAGCAGCUAUAAGAAAAUUGGGGGAAAAUCCAAAUGACGUGAGCGCUUUGAAUGCGAUACAUCGGGCACAAAAUGAGAUGAAAACUUGGGCUGAAAGUAAGCAGAUACCAGGUCAGUUUACUGGUAGUACAGGGGUUAAAGUGCUUACACCUGCAGAAUUGUCUUCAGGUUUUCAAGCCUGGGCACGUAAGGAUCAGUUAGUAUCAGCACAGCCUGUAACGGGUGGAAUGGGUAUGGCGUUACUGCAGAAGAUGGGCUGGCGACCUGGUGAGGGUCUGGGUAAGAAUAAAGAAGGGGCCUUGGAGCCGUUACAACUCGAGGUUAAAUUGGACAAGAAAGGAUUAGUUUCCGAGCAGGAUAUCAUGCAGAAAGUCGGCAAAGCUGCAAAGCCUACGGUACCAACUGUCAAAACGUUGGAAGGCAAACAUCCGGUGUCACUUUUAGGAGAGUAUUGCACAAAGAAGAAACUCGGAGCACCAGUUUACGAGCUGUGCUUUGAAUCUGGACCAGAUCACAGGAAGAAUUUUCUCUUCAAAGUGAAAGUAAACGGCAUCGAAUAUAAGCCGAGCGUAGCGAGUUCGAACAAGAAACAAGCAAAGGCAGAAGCAGCGCAAAUAUGUCUACAGAGUUUAGGCCUAUUGCCUUCUUAGUGUAUUGAUACAGGGGACUUGUAGAUUUUUGUUACGUAACAGCGCUUCUCAAUUUUUCUCAGAAAAAUAACACUUGAUGCCACACCAAGUAACCACGUUCCUCGUCCUGAGUGAUCGCAAAAUAUUAACGAUGUUGCCAAGUUUUUUAAAUUAAUGAUUAAAUUAAUUUAAACUGGUGCACUAGAACGUAGUAAGGUAUGCACACAAGCAAAUGAACAUACGAAUUUUAUUCAUUCUUGCAAUAGCAAAAAGAUAUUAAUUGCCCUCUUUGAAUAUUCGGUUGUUUGAGAAUUAAAUAUUAAAAAUGUAUCAUGCCUAGAAAACUAAGCACCUUUAUGUUGAAUAUAUAUUUUUACAUUUUUAUUUAUUGUAAAUACUAUAAAAUAGUAAAGUUUGAACGAAGAAGCUAGCAAUCUCAA